CACGAGAAAAGGGCACAAAAACACGCGCAUUGCAUAAUGUUUGCUCGGCGAUUUCCUUCAAAGUUGGUGAGGAAGUUUAGUGGACAUAGAAAUAUUGCUAUUCUAGGCAUCGAGACAUCAUGUGACGACACGGGAGCCGCUGUUGUGGACGGCGAAGGAAGAGUUCUCGGGGAAGCUCUGCACUCUCAGCAGAGUGUGCACACAAAGUAUGGAGGUAUUAUUCCGCCUCUGGCACAGGACAUGCACCGUGAGAAUAUUGAGGAAGUGGUGAAGAAGGCAGUGAAAUUGUCCGGAAUGGAGGUUAGAGAUGUCGAUGCAAUUGCCGUGACAAAUCGUCCAGGACUGCCACUGAGUCUUCUGGUAGGUUUGAGGUAUGCUAAGCACCUGGCUAGAAGUCAUGGCAAACCUCUUAUCCCAAUUCAUCACAUGGAAGCGCACGCUCUCACUGCCAGGAUGACUUCUCGGGUGGAUUUUCCCUACUUGUGCCUCCUCGCUUCCGGCGGUCACUGCCAGCUGGUACUGGUCAAGUCCGUCACCGAGUACUUCUUGCUGGGCGAAACUAUUGACGAUGCUCCCGGUGAGGCGCUGGACAAAAUCGCUCGUCGGCUCAACAUUCACAACCUGCCUGAGUAUCGGCGACUUUCUGGCGGAGCGGCAAUUGAAGCAGCUGCUAGGAAAUCUGAAUCACCCCAAAGUUUCCCAUUCCCACUCCCCUUGGCGCAGAUGAGAGAUUGUCAGUUCAGCUUCGCUGGCCUGAAGAACUCCGCAAGGCGCUGCAUUCUGGCGGGAGAGAAGGAAUUCCAGGUGAAUCCAGGAGAUGUGAUGCCACACUUUGAGGACUUCUGUGCUGGUUUUCUUCGUGGCAUCACCAAGCACAUCUGCCAUCGGACUCAGCGAGCCAUGCACUACUGCGAAGAGGAGGGAUUGAUCGAUGCCAAUGGCAAAAAGAGUAUUGUCUUUGGUGGCGGGGUCGCGUGCAAUGAUUUCAUCUUUGAGGCAUUGUCUCAAUUGGGGACGAACUUGGGAUAUGAGACAUUUCGUCCGGAGAAGCGAUACUGCACGGACAAUGGUGUCAUGAUCGCCUGGAAUGGUGUGGAAAGAUUCCGCGAGAAUUCGGCUGUGACGGAAGACAUUGAUUCUGUGGACAUCGUAGCAAAGUGCUCCCUUGGAACUUCCCUCGUGUCUGCAGUGCAAGAGAGGAAAAUGCCAUGCCAAUGGGUGAAAAUCCCAUUGCUGAAAGUGCCACAAUCGUCUGAACGAUAAUAAAAUCACUUUGCG